AUGACUAUGAAAUUACGUGUUAUUACACUAAAUAUUUGGGGUGUACAUUAUGUGGCAAAACUUAUUGACAAGCGUAUCCAAGCUUUAAUUAAUCAUUUAAUUAGUCCUGAAGGAAGUUAUGAUAUUGUUGGAUUACAAGAAGUAUGGAGUAAAACAGAUUAUCUUUAUAUACGUGAUCAAAUUAAAAUUAUUUAUCCGUAUAGUUAUUACUUUUUAAGUGGUCUUAUUGGUUCAGGUUGUUGUAUGUUUACAAAAUAUCCAAUUAUUGGUGUUUAUGAGCAUCGAUAUACUUUGAAUGGCUUUCCACAUAAAAUUCAACAUGGUGAUUAUUUUGCUGGUAAAUUAAUUUGUCUAUGUAAAAUUUUAAUAAAUAAUCAUGUAGUAAAUGUAUAUAAUACACAUUUACAUGCUAAUUAUCAUCAUGUUAUACCAAAAGAUAUUUAUUUGGGACAUCGAAUAUGUCAAGCUUAUGAAUUAAUUCAAUUUAUUGAAAGUACAUCAUCAGCGGAUACAACACAUUUAACAAUUCUUUUAGGAGAUUUAAAUCUGACAACAGAUGAUUUAGGUUUUCAACUUAUUCGAGGUAUUCUUCAAUUGAAUGAUUCGUUUCUUCAACGCAUUAAUAAAGAUAUAUUUGAUCCAACUGUUGGUAAUAAUGGUUUAACAUGUGAUUUACUUGAUAAUCCAUAUGUUGUUCCAUAUCAACAACAAGGUCAAGGUGAACGUAUUGAUUAUAUACUUUAUCGAGCACGAAAUGAUAAUGUUAAAUGUCUUGAAGCUUAUCCAACAUUACAUAAAGUUCCGAAUGAUCCAAAUAAUCUUUAUUAUUCGGAUCAUUUAGCUGUUUAUGCUUUAUUUGAAAUUGAUGAAAAAGCUCCAGAAAAAAUAAUCAAACCACUUGAAGAUGUUGAAAUAGCUAAUGAAGAGACAGGAGAAAAACUUCAUUCGGCUUGUAUUAUUGUUGAAGAAUCAAUUCAACGUAUACAACGUGAACGAAUAUUUUGUGCACUUUGCGUAUUUAUUCUUAUUUUUAUUUUAUUUUCAUUUAAUGGAAAUCCAUUAUCAAAUAGUCAUUUAUAUACAAUGUUUACAAUUUUUAAAAAUCUUAUUUGUAUUAUUGGUAUAGCAAUAUGUAUGUGGUUUAUCUGUUUUGGUAAACCUGUCGAACGAAAUGCUUUAAGUUCAAUACAAAAUGCAAUGCGUUUACGUUUACGAUUAGCACAUUUUUCAUAUUAA